UCCCUGAGGUCUGUCCUGGGGAGACUCUGCUGCUCCGGGGGGCUGACCUGGCGGGGAGUGGCCGCGCAGUUCGCUCCGGCGCGGUUUUGCGCGCGCAGCCACUGGCCCCUCUGCUCCCGGGUCUGCCCCCCGGGACACCUUCUGCCCCGCCCCAGUCAUGCAACUUUACCUGCCUCUCCUCUGGGGAUCUUUCGGAAGCAGUUGCCCACCCCGGGUGCUCGGGCCCUGACCGUGAUGGAAGACCAAAACCUGGUGCAACUGAACUUGACAAUACAUCCAGAUUCUCUGCAGAAGUGAGACUUUCCAAAGGACCAAUGACUCUGUUUCCUGUGUCCUUUCAUUUUUUCCUACUCCAUAACUAUGUCUCGAUCCCGCCAUGCAAAACCUUCCAAAUUGGUCAGAAAGGAAGAUUUAACCAAAAAGAAAAACAUCCAGCUGAAGAAGACAUCCAAGCCAGCCAACAAAAAUGUGACAUCUGUCAAGACUGUGAGCCUUGGGAAAGUAAAGCAAUUCCUUCAAGAAGGAGAUGUUAAGAAAAAAACAGAUCCUAAACCACCUACGCCAGUCAGAAGCCUUCUGACAAGAGCUGGAGCAGCCCGAAUGAAUUUGGACAGGACAGAGGUUCUUUUUCAGAACCCAGAGUCCUUAACUUGCAAUGGCUUUACAAUGGCUCUCCGAAGCACCUCUCUUAGCAGGCGGCUUUCUCAACCCCCAGUGGUUACAUCUAAACCCAAGAAAGUUCCACCUUCCAAGAGUUUAGAAAAGCAACAUGAGUCUGACUAUAAGGUAGUCAAUGAUACGGGAGGAAAGUGCUCAGAAAAUGAUUUGGUCCCCAUCCAAGAUCAAGAUCCCCUCAUCCUCCCUGAUAUAGAGAAUCUAAUCAGUGUACAACAUACAUCUUUAAUUGAAGGUGAGAGUCAAGAGACAACUCAGUCUUGGUCUCAAGGGAUAGAGGAUACCAAAUUCCAUGUACCUGUUCAUAGUAGCCCUGCAGCAGGGAUCCUUUCUGGGCCAUUGGAAGGGACACAUUGUGGUGAAGGACUAUUCUCUGAACAGAUAUCAAAUGGUAUCAGUGAUUCUCCUGGAAUGUUUGCUCAGGACACUGUAGGUGCUCCGUUAAUCCAAAGAUCAGCCCCCGAAGUUACCUCUGAAAGUACCAUUCAGUUAGAAGAUUUGGGUUCCCAAGUACAAUCUCUGAAGCUAACUGAUUCUUAUCUGGAACCCAUGAAGAGUGAACCUACUUGUUUCCCAUCUCCCAGUUUUAAUAAGAUUAUACCUGAAUUAGAUGUUAGAAAUUGCUUGUCUCUUGGUGGGUCUGUAUAUCCCAACACUCUAAUAAAACUCCUCUUGGCAGGCUCAGAACCAGAAACCCUUGGUGCUAAACCAGAUCAUCCAGGGGCCUUCAAAUCUACCCUAGAUCAAGAGGAAGUUCCUGAUACCACCUCUGCCCUAAGACAGGCCUUCAGUGCUAUCCCUCAUCAAUGGGAAUUUCCUGGUGCUAACCCAGUUCAUGGUGAGGCUCUCCGUGAGACCCCAGACCCACCAGAGAUUCCUGGUGCUAUUUCGGUCCAAGGAGAAGUCUUUGGUACUAUCCCAAACCAACAAGGAAUGCAUGGUGUGGUUGGGGAUGCUGCCCCAGACCUGCCUACUUUUCUUCCUAUUCUUCCAACUGCUACUUGUAAUGCUCCCCUCAACCUCAAAUGGCCUGAGCCCCAGAGCGCUGUCCCAUAUGGGCUUGAGGUCCAGAGUACUAUGCCAGUUUUGCCUCUGGGCUCAGGACACACUCCUCAAUUAUCAUCAAACUCCGAGUUAGGUUCCAUACCUCCAUGGACAACUGCAAGCAAUGUAGAAAAUGAGAAGCACGUUCCAAGAAGCCUUCUGCCAGCUCACACUCAGGGGUUCACUUCCACCCCUGUUUCACUGGGUGUGACCCCAGUCUCCCAAGCCAAUCCCAGCAUAUCCGAAGGAGGAAAUUCCCAGGUUAGCAUGACCAGCUUGGCUGAUGUUAACACCACAGGGACAUCUGUGCCAGUGUCAGUUGCCAAUACCACCUCUUCUCCCUCUACCACCUUGCUACCAACUUUGGAAAGAAAGAAACGAAAGCGAUGUGGGGUCUGUGAGCCCUGCCAGCAGAAGGACAACUGUGGCGAAUGUACUUACUGCAAGAAUAGAAAGAAUAGCCAUCAGAUCUGCAAGAAGAGGAAAUGUGAGGAGCUGAAAAAGAAGCCAUCUGUGGCUUUGGAGGUUAUAAAAGAAAACAAGAGGCCCCAGAGGGAAAAGAAGCCCAAAGUUUUAAAGGUAGAUUUUGACAACAAAUCAGUAAAUGGCCCGAAGUCAGAAUCCAUGGAAUUCAGCAGAUGUGGUUAUGGGGAAGAAAAGAGUUUGGAAUUGAAUACACAUCCCCUUGAAAAUGUAACUAAAAAUGAAGAAAGCAUGACAGGUAUCAAGGUGGAGAGGUGGACACAAAACAAGAAAAUACAUUUAACAGAUCAGGUCAAAGGAGAAAGUGUAACAGAGGCUGAAAAAUCAAAAAACUCUGAAGAUGAUAAGGAAGAAAUUAAACCUCCUAAGUUGUUUGUACCAACAAUAAGUAAUGGCAUUACAAAUGUACAGUGUUUACCAAGUGAAACAAAUGUGUCAUUUAACAAAUUUAAUAUUGAAGAAUUUGAUAAGUCAUUGGAAAACAAUCCCUGUAAAUUUUUGAAAGAUACUGCCAAUCAUAACAAUGCCAUGAGCUCUAUUCCUUCUAGUGCAAGUGGUGGUCAUCUCAAGGGGAAGAGUCAUAUGUUACCCUUCCCACAGCCUGGCUUUAACUGCAUAUUCGUUGAAAAUUCUGCAAACUUAAAUACUCAUACUAAUGCAUACAAUGAAGGUGAUCAACCAAAACCUCCUGAGAACAUACCACGUAAAGAAACAAAAGAUGGGUCUCCAGUUACAUCAUGUAUUUUAUCCAUGAUGCAAGAUAGGAAUUUAACUAUAGAACAAUUGGUCGCCAUAGAGGCCCUCACACAACUGUCAGAAACCCCAUCAGAGAAUUCUUCACCAUCGAAGUCAGAGAAGGAUGAAGAAACAGAUCAGACAACAGCUUGUUUCCGUAAUAGUUACAAAGUUAUCCUCUAUUCUGUAACAAAAGACCUCAAUGACCCAAACUCACCAACCCUUCAUAACUGUCCACCUCUCCAAAAGGAAAGUUCAUGCAACACAGUAGUGUUCAAUGGCCAAAAUACCAUGUCCAAGUCACAGCACAGCUCAGCCACUAACCAAGCAUCUGCAGAACCACAUGAACAUUCAAAAGUAUCAAAUUCAGACUCCCUUUUUUCCCCAAAAUCAAAUUCAUCUAAUAUUGAUACCAAUAAAAGUGCAUUGGAAGGCAGAACUAGUGACUUGCCUCACUUGUCGCCAAGAAGUAAUAAAUUGGAGCAAUCUAACCAGUUAUUGGACAGUAAUAAAAGUUUAAAUUCAAAAGAUGAUCCAUCAAGUCAAGAUGUAUCCUACAGUCAAAUUGAAGAAGAUGUUGCAACACAAUUAACACAACUUGCAUCAAUCAUUAAUUUCAACUAUGUAAAACCAGAGGAAAAGAAUAUUGAAAGUACCCCAACCAGCAUUGUUCCAUAUAACGUGCAGCAAAAAAUUAGUCAGGAGAAGGGCACAAUUCAACAGAAACCACCACCAAGUGUGCAAAAUAAUCAAGCUCCAUCAUUACCAAAGCGAAAGAACACAACCCAGAAAAAGACAAAAUCUAUCCCAUCAAGAGAUCGUCGGAAAAAGAGGCCUCUGGCUAUAAACUGUCAAGAAAACGAGCAGAAGCAGCAGGAGCAGUUGUCCUAUGAGUAUAGUAAGUUACAUGAUAUUUGGGUAGCAUCCAAAUUUCAAAGAUUUGGUCAAUUUGGGUCACAUGAUUUUCCUAUUCUGCUGGGGAAAAUUCCUCAUUUUGGUAAAGUACUCAAACCACUGACUCAAGCCAGUUUAUCCCUACAACAGAAAAAAUUAUUUCCUCCACUCACUCAGAUAAAAUUUGAGAGAUACACUGAAUCAGUACAGCAAAAAAUGAUGAAGGUUGAACCAUUGGAUUCUCUCCCAUUAUUUCCUAACAAAACAGAAUCUGAUGGGCAGCAGUUUACAGACAAAGCUUGUAAUUCUCAGGUACAGUCAACAGUGAAUGUCAAUCAGAAAGCUCAUCUUUUGCCCCUGGCCUCCUUUCCACCUAACCAGUGUGCUAAUGUGAUGGCUAUUGAUGACCAAACACAGUUUCAAGAAGAUGUUCAAGAGCAUCUUGUGCAUCAGAGACUGACAACAUUGCCUGGUGUCUGUUAUGAGACACCCUUACCAGACCCUGCACAUAUUCUCAGGAAGGUAAAUGCAGGAAGUUCAGGAGGAAUUAGAGUGGUUUCUAUCAAAACUGAAGAGACGGUCUGUUCAUCUAGUGUUGAAACAUUAGAUUUUUCAAUGGUAGAUGGUGUACAAACAAGUUUUAAUAAUGCCGUGAACUUUCUUAGUAACCCUGCAAAAAAGCUGGCGGCUGCAACAAAAGAAUCAGAAGCUCCGGCUUGCAACUGUCUUGAUCGAGGUAUACAAAAAGACAAAGGCCCAUAUUAUACACACCUUGGGGCAGGACCAAGUAUUGCUGCUGUCAGGGAAAUCAUGGAGAAUAGGUAUGGCCAUAAAGGAAAGGCAGUAAGGCUAGAACAAAUUGUAUACACAGGAAAAGAAGGAAAAAGCUCUCAUGGGUGUCCAAUUGCUAAGUGGGUUAUAAGAAGAAGCAGUGAGGAAGAAAAAGUUCUUUGUUUGGUCCGUGUGCGUACAGGCCACCACUGUGAAACUGCUGUGAUGGUGGUGUUCAUCAUGAUAUGGGACGCCUUAUGUCCUCCAAUUGCCGAUAGUUUGUAUCAGGAGAUUGUUGAGAGUCUACGGUCAUACAAUGGUCAUCCGACAGACCGAAGAUGUACCUUCAAUGAAAAUCGUAACUGUAUAUGUCAAGGAACUGACCCAAAGACUUGUGGAGCUUCAUACUCUUAUGGCUGUUCAUGGAGCAUGUAUUUCAAUGGAUGUAAAUUUGGUAGAAGCCCAAACCCCAGAAGGUUUAGAAUUGAUCCCAGCUGUCCCAGACAUAACCUCUAUGACAGAAUUACUAAAGGACGUAAUGCAAGAAGAAGACUUAAGAAACCGGAACGAGUCUGUCCGGAACACAAGGCCAUGGAACAAUUCUUUGAAGGUAUUUUACAGGGUUUGGCUACAGAAUUAGCUCCAUUGUAUAAGCAGAUGGUUCCUGAAGCUUACAAAAACCAGGUAGAAUAUGAACAUGUUGCCCAAGAAUGUCGACUUGGUUAUAAGGAAGGUCGUCCUUUCUCUGGGGUCACUGCUUGCCUAGAUUUCUGUGCCCAUUCCCACAGAGACAUACACAACAUGAAUAAUGGCAGCACAGUAGUAUGUACUUUAACCCGAGAAGAUAACCGCACCCUGGGUGUUAUUCCUGAGGAUGAGCAGCUCCAUGUCCUGCCUUUGUAUAAACUUGCCGACACUGAUGAGUUUGGGUCCAGAGAAGGGAUGGAAGCCAAGGUCAAAUCUGGAGCCAUUCAGUUCCUUCAACCAACUUGCAAAAAAAGAACACGUUUUACUCAGCCUGUUCCUCGAUCUGGGAAGAAGAGGGCAGCAAUGAUGACCGAAGUUCUUGAGCGCAAGAUUAGGGUAGUGGAGAAGAAACAAAUGCCUCGAGUCAAGCAGAAGAAUAACUCUGCCCUGGCAAAGAACAGUAAAACUUCAUUGGUGCCGCUCCCAGGUUCAGAGAACACUAAAUGCUAUUCAUCGACCCCAUCCAUUCCUCCAACAGUGAAUGAGGCAACCCUGUCUCCAGUAUUCUGUUACCCGAAGACUUCUUCCGUGCCAACAGCUCCAUUUAAUUUCAAUAAAGUAGCCUCCUCUGGGUUUUCAGAAAGAAGUAGCAUUCCCCACUGCACAAUGCCUUCUGGAAGACACAGUGGUGCUAAUGCAGCUGCUGGGGAAGGCACUGGAAUUGCACAGCCCAUCGACCUGGCUCCUCCUCCCUCCCUGCCUCCUCCCAUGACAGAUUCCCUUGCUUUUUCUGAGCCUCCCACUGGUCCAACUGAGCAGCUAACUACUAAUCAGCCAAAUCAGCAGCCCCCAUUCCUCAUUUCUCCUCAUGAGCCUGCUUCCUGUCUGGUGGAAGAAGAUGAGCAACAUUCUGAAGCAGAUGAGCCUGUAUCUGAUGACCCCCUAUCAGAUGACCUUCUUUCACCUGCUGAGGAAAAAUUGCCCCAUAUCGAGGAAUAUUGGUCAGACAAUGAGCACAUCUUCUCGGAUCCCAAUAUUGGUGGGGUGGCAAUUGCGCCCACUCAUGGUUCUGUCAUGAUUGAGUGUGCCCGGCGAGAGCUUCAUGCUACCACUGCUGUGGCCCACCCAAACCGCAAUCAUCCUGCUCGCCUCUCCCUUGUAUUCUACCAGCACAAAAACCUGAAUAAGCCCCACCAUGGUUUUGAACUAAACAGGAUUAAGUUCGAGGCUAAAGUAGCUAAGAAUAAGAAAAUGAAGGCCUCAGAGCUGAAAGACCAGGCAGCUAACAAGGGUGCUGAAUUGUCCCCUGAAAUAAAUGAAUUGAACCAAAUUCCUUCUCAUAAAGCAUUAACAUUAACCCAUGACAAUGUUGUCACUGUGUCCCCUUAUGCUCUAACACAGGUUGCAGGGCCCUAUAACCGGUGGGUCUGAAGGCUUUCCUCCCCUUCUUAAUGCCUUUCCUCAUGCAGUGUAUUUUUUCAAGGUGCUGUUAAGAGAAAGUCAUGUUGUCGUUUACUCUAUCUUCAUCUCACCCAUUUCAAGUCUGAGGUAAAAAUUUUAAAAAUGGGGUGGGUACUUAACUGUGACUAUUUUGUCAAUUGGUAGAAGGUGCACAUUUUAAGCAAAAAUAAAAGUUUUCUAGUUUUAAAUACAUAAAGAAACGUUUUGGUUAGGUGUUAACCUUGACAGAAUCACUCAGUUUGGUGCUUUAAAUUAAGUCUGUUUACUAUGAAACAAGAGUCAUUUUUAGAGGAUUUUAACAGGUUCAUGUUCUAUGAUGUAAAGUCAAGACACAGUGUUAACUCUACACAGCUCCUGGUGCUUAACCACAUUGACACAGUUAAAAAUAAGCUGAAUCAUUGUUUCAUGGUGCCAUGUUCCAAUAUCUUCCAAUCAUUGCUAGAAAAUCAGCAUUUUCCUUUGAAAUAAACCAAUGAAAUGCUUUCUCUCUUUAAAUAUUUCUCCUGUAUAAAAUAAUUCAUUAUUGUUUGUAAUGGUUGGAGGCUGUUCGUAAUUGUAAAUAUAUAUAUUUUCAAAGCACUUUCUAUUUUUAAAAGUAACUUGAAAUAGUAUAGUAUAGGAAUCCUAUUGUCUAUUGUUUGUGCAUAUUUGCAUACAAGAGAAAUCAUUUAUUCUUGCUGUGUAGAGUUCCAUCUUGUUAAAUGCAACAUGUUAUUUGCAUCCUGUAUAUGAUUUUUAUUCUUUUAAUGUGUCCUUUCAUGUUAUGUAAUAGCUACUUAUAUAAAAUAGUGAAUAAUUCCUAAAAUUGGACUUAAGAAACAUCAUCAAUAUUGACUAAGUUGUUUUAAAUUUUAAAAUAGUGUGGUCUCUUAUGAUUUAUUGAGCUACCAUGGCCUCAAGUUACUUCCAUCCCAGCUUUUUCAAUAUAACCCAUUAAACAAGUUUCAAAAGGGAAAUGGGAGAAAAUGUGAUUCAGAAGAGUCAAAUGCUUUUAAUGUGUCAAAGUGAUAUAAUACAAAAAUUAAGUAACCAGAAUCCUACCCAUCCCAAAUUGUUUUGUUUUUUUUUUUUUUGUUAUGAUAUCCAUCCUUGUAUAGAAUAAUAGUUACUCCCUGGCCCUAGUCAAAGAAUGAUAAUAGUAUUAUAAAUAUGGUUAUACCGAAACAAAAUGUUUAGAACAAGAAGAACCUUCUAAGAAAUACUUGAUUCUGUUAAAAUGUAGAGGUGCUAUAACAUUCAAAGUAUCAGAUUCUUUGGGAGUCCAGAAAACCUAAUGGUGCUUCUCCCUUGAAAUGGCAUAGGAAGCCCACAACUGCUAACUCAUAAUUUUGGUGCAAAAGCAAACAGUUCCAGCAAGGUCUUAAAAAAAAAAAAAAAAAAAAAACUCAUUAUAACUUAUUAAAAUAAUAUAUGGUGCAAAGUAUCAGUUUAAAGCUUUUGACUAAGUAAAGGAAUAUGAAGGGAUUGUAAAUAAGGACAUGUCCAUUAAUAGACCUGUAUAUGUAAAAUAGGGUAAUUCAAUGACUUGUUUUAGUAUUUUCUGUGCCUUAGAUAUCUGUUUUAAAAUGUGGCGUUUUUUUGUUUUGUUUUGUGUUUUUGUUGUUUUUUGAGCCUAAGGUUUCUUAUAAGUAUAUAAGUGAUUGUUUAUUGCUUCAGCUGCUUAAAUAACAUAUUUUCUAGCAUUUGACUAUCAGGAAUAGACCCUUGUGAUAACUACAUUUUAGAUUUUAAGCCUUAGCUCCCACUAGAAGUUGUUUCCUCACCAGAUAUAAUGGAUAAAACUUUAUGUCCCUUAAUGCAUCCAUCCAUCUACCCAUUUUCCCAGUACACACUUAUUGAAUACCCGAAAAAUUUAAAUGUCACUUUUGUUUUUCUCUGAAUCAUCACCUAUGAAAUGGUAGAGUUGAAGAAUUAAAAUCCUCAAUGAUACCUUGGAAAUAUAUUUUUAAAGAAAUAGCAAAUUACAUUCCAAAUAAUCCAUGGUAGUAUAUGUACAAUAAUUCAAAUCAAUUUGUUUUUGUCUUUAAAAAACUUUCAUAAUAAUCUAAACUUAUAACACCAAUGUUAAUUAAAGGGAGUAGUGGGAUUUGUGAAACUAGUUAUAGUUUACCAAAACAAUUACUGAGAAUGCCCAUUUUAAACUACAAUGUUUCCAGUCCAUUGUUGUAAUUAACAUCAUGAAUGGAAAUGUGCUCUUUCUCCUGAAGUGAGAAAAUAAAUUGGUUUGAAUGACAUUUUCACUCAUAAAACUGGUCAUCUAACAUUAUUUCUGCAUUUCUAUUAUGUUUUAGUAUAAUGACUUUUCUUUUUCCUCUUUAUUGCACUCAAAUUAGGUUUUAAGUCUGCUUUUUGUUCAUGGUAUGAUCAUUGAAUUCAUUUAUACCUGACUUCCAAGUUAUUCCAGUUAAUAAUGUUACAAAUUUAUCAACUAUAAUGGCCAGGCGCAGUGGCACUCACCUGUAAUCCCUGUGGCUCUGCAGGCUGAGACAGGAGAAUUGAAAGGUCAAAGGCAGCUUCAGCAAUGGCAAUGCGCUAAGCAACUCAGUGAGACCCUGUGUCUAAGUAAAAUACAAAAAUGGGGGUUGGGAUGUGGCUCAGUGGUCGAGUACCCCUGAGUUCAAUCCCCAGUACCAAAACAACAAAAUUUAUCAACUAUAAUAAAAUAACUCUUGCCUAUUGUAGAAUCCUACUGAAAGUAUAACUGUCCCUCAAAAUUCCAUUUCUAGUGUUUAUGAGGCCAUCACUGAAUUAUAUUUUCCCCCUCUGCUCAUCAGCCUUACCUACAUUUUGUUUCCAAUUCAUCCUUAAAGAGCCAACUAGAUCAUAUCAACCUAAUUGAAAUAUCUAUUGGGCAACGAAUCUACAAUUGUAGUUGAAUUUUGGGGACAUUCACAUCUUCAGUAACUUUCUAACAUCAUUAUUCAAUUUGCAUGUGGAUGAAAUAAUUUGAUUUGUUACAUACAGAACUUCACUAGAUGAGAUCCAUAACCAAUUUACUUAAGACAUAACCCCAAUACAUACUUAAUUGAAUGCAUACCCUUGUGCAAAUGUACCGACUUAGGUCAUAGGAAGUAACCUACUUUCUAAUGUUAUUACUCCUGUGGACUCACUGAUUAUCAUUCCACCAUAGCAUGAGUGAAACUAACCUGGAAAUAGUUCUUUAAAACAAAAAAAUCAAGAUUUUUUUUUUUCUGAGGCAAAUUUAAAAUAUCAUUGCAUGACAGUUUCCACCAAUAAUGGGCACAGCAUUUCCUUUGAACAUGCCUACUAAAUUGAUUGGUUUAUGCAAUCUUCAGUAGUUUCCUUCAAUUUCACACUUUAAUGCAUAGAAACCUAGGUUUACUACAAGUGUGAGUAUUAAUCUUUUGUAGAAAUUUAUGACAAUUGUUAAAUCAGAUAACAUGUUAGCUUCUCAGAAUGUUGGAGUUCACCUCAGAAGUCAAACAGUUCGUUCACUAGAAGCCAAAGAACAGAUAUCAAUUUCAAUUUGUAAUUAAACCUUGAACCUUGUACAGGUGAAGACUACUUUGUGCUUAUAACCAUAGAGUAUAAACAAACUUUAUUUUCUCACCCACAAAGUGAUUUAUCACUAGGAAAUUGUCUUCUUUGGGAACGUAUCAAAAAUUAAAUGCCAGGUAUUGUGGUGUCCGUCUGCAAUCCCAACAAUUCUGGAGGCUGAGGCAGGAAGAUUAUAAAUUCAAUCUAGCCUCUGAAAUUUUGUGAGACUCUAAGCUAGUUAGUAAUGAAACCCUGUUUCAAGAUAAAGGAAUACAAGUGGACUCCGUGGUAAGCACCUCUGGGUCCGAGCACACACAAAAGAAAAUAACAUAAAAUUGCUUUUCCCCUCCACCCUGAGAUCUUUAGAAAAAGUGAACAGUGAAAAUAGGUCAAAAUGCCUUUGCCUGCUGACUUCAUGUACUUUUGUGGGAAAUUAGCUGACUUACCCAUGAAGCUGUCUUUUGUUUGUUUGUUUGUUUUUUAUUUAAUUUGGCACGGUACUGGGGACUGAACCCAGGUCCUUAUGUGUGCCACUGAACUACCUCCUCAUCCCUGGAAGCUAUUUUGUUAACUCUUCCUAGAAGAUGUGGCAAUACUCUGGCAUUUCAUUAAGCACAUCUCAAGAGCUUCUAUAGUGUAGGCUUAUACUUAUUCCUUCCCUUGGUACCUAGCAUACAUAAGGGUGUUUUUAAAAUAUUGGAUGAUUAAGAGGGCUGGAGCUGUAGCUCAGUGGCAGAGCACUUGUCUACCAUACAUGUGGCACUGGUUUCAAUCCUCCGCACCACAUUAAAAAAAAAAUACAGCCAUUUUAAAAGAUUGGAUGAUUGAAAUAUUUGAGGAAAACAUUUCCAUACUACCUAGCCAUGGUUAUACAACUCCCUUCAUAUCCAGCUAGGCAAGUCCCAGCAAUUAAUUUCGAUGUGUCUCUCUACAUGAAGUGGAAUAUUGUUUCAACAUCCAUAGCUCCUAAAAUUACUCAUAGGUGUGUUGUAGCUUCAACACAGGUCUGUACAUCAUACUUAACUAAGUGAUGUCAUCAGUGCCAGAUUACCGAGUCUGAGUUUAUCUAAAUCAAAUUGUGUUCCAUUUUGAGUUUUCUUCUAACAGCGUUAGAAAAUGUUUUCAUUGUGGCUCAGGAAGGCAAUUCUGAAAGUCAAAACCCGUAUGUACUUCAUUGGAAACUGAGUCUGCAUUUUCUUAAUGUAUGUGCUACAUAGAAACAGUAAGCUGAGACAGGAUGAUUAGUUCAAAGUCAGCCUCAGCAAUUUAUCCAGGCCUUAAGCAACUCAGUGAGACCUUUUCUCUAAAUAAAUAUAGGGCUUAGAGAUGUGGCUCAGUGGUCAAGUGCCCCUGAGUUCAAUCUCCAGUGCUCAAAAAACAAAAUAAACUGAAUACCUUGCUGGACACAGUAAUCAAGAGGAUCACAAGUCAGCCCAACCUGGGCAAUUAAGCAAGGUCCUGUCUCAUGAUAAAAUAUAUUUAAAAGAAGAGAGAGGUGGCUGGAGAUAUACUCAGUGAUAGAGCACUCCAGUUUCAAUUCCUAGUACCACAUUAAGGAAAAAGGAAGUUUCUCUAUUAAUUUUUUAAAAAUGGUAGAGCGAGCUUUUAUUCAAGAGCUCACUAUUUUUGUCCUUGUUGAGCUACCUAUUCGGUUCAGCAUCUGGAUGAAUUUGAUUUCCCACAUCUUAAGCCUGGGCUGGUCUUUAACUACAGCAAUCUUCCUGCCCCAGCCUCCCAGACAGCUGAUACUAUAGGCAUGAGCUGCUGUGCCCAGCUUGAAUGAAUAUGUUUUGAUCCUUUUUUGGGGAGGGAUGCGCCCAAUUAAAUAUCACUGUUUACGCAGAAGGAUUUUUUUUUUUUUUUGAGAUAGAGGUCUUCUUUAUUCCCCAAACAAGCCUCUGACAAAAGGCAUAUGUUUCAUUACAUCAAGUAAUCCAAAGGGAACACUUAUAUUGUCACUCUUCAUUUUCACUUGUGUUUAAAGUGCCUCAAGGCCAGGUGCAGUGAUGUGCCUCCUCAAGAGGCUGAAGCCAGACACAUCACAAAUUUGAGACCAGCUUUAGCAAGACCCUAUCUCGAAAUAAAAAAUAAAAGGGGCUGGGGAUGUAACUCAGUAGUUUAAGUGACCCUGGGGGGUUCAAACCCCAGUACCAAAAAAGGAAGGGGUAGCUCAAGGCAUGUUCAAGUUUAUCUUGGUUAGUAUGCAAACACUUCAUAUUCCUAGCUUUAAAAUUCAAACAUUAAUAAUUUCCUUAUUUCCUGUAGACAUUUUUACAUCCCUACUAUCAUUCUCAUUAUCUUAUCUGGGUCAUAAACUUUAUUCUCCUUUGUUCAGCCAUAGAUGUCCCUUAUUUUAAAGCAAAAUUUAGUCAAAAGUAGGAAUGUUAUCAAAUAGAGCAUAAGCUGAUUUAACUCACUUAUGUUUGAAUGUGAUGUUUGAGAAUUGGUUAAUCCUAUAAACAUAAUUGUCUAAAAAUAGAAAUUUUGCCCCAGCAGCUGUUAUGUAAAGGCAUUCUCGUUCAUAAGAAAAAAAAAUUGCAGCUGUCAGAUUUUCAUUUUAGGAGAAAUAAUAUUGGAAUGUAAUUCUCCAUUUGGCAGGCUAUAAACUUAAAAGCCUGGGAUAAAAAUUCGGAUCAUUAUUAUUUUUCCAUUUUAUGGAAGCUGCACUGUUUGCUAAGUUCACUUUGAUUCUUUUUACAUCUUUAUUCUUCCUGUGAUUUUUAUUUACAUUAAUAAAAAUUUCUUUGUCCAUUUCUUUGUUCUGUUUCCAUUCCUCAGGUCCAUUCUGCAAAUACACAUGGUUUGUUUUAAAAACAGUAGUGACCUUGGUUAAGUUGUCUUUUUCUGUCUUUUAAAAUCAUCUCUCACAAGUCCUUUCAGAUACAAUACCAAAAGCAAUCAAGAGCUUUUAUUAAACCAUUUAAAUUUAGUGGCAAAUUCUGUUUAUAGGAAUAUGCAGUAGAUAUAAGAACAGAGUUUAUUAUCAAGUGGUGUCUCUACAAAUCCCAUUAAUAUUUAAAUUUUUUCUUGGUGUUCAAGACUUUUGCCAAAAAAAUUGUAUUAGAAGAGAAAUAUUUUAAGACUUUGUGUUUGGUAUGGUUUUGCAAUUUCUGUGUAAUCCCUCAUGCUAAUUAUAAAUUUACUAAACAGUAACUGAAUUAGUAAUGGAUCUUAUCUACAAAGUAGGCAGUAUCUCUUUACCUGUAUUUCUAAUUUCCCAAUCAAACUAUGUGGAUAGCUAUUUUCUAAUGUAAAUUUACUCCUUUGGCAUUCUUAGGUUGUUAGCAAUAGUAGGAACUAUUCUAUAAUCUGGGUGAGAAAAGUCUAAAAAUGAAAGUAAUUGGAAGAGGGUGAUUCAGUAAGCCAUCAGAAAGUGAAGGGCACGGCACUAUGGGGAAGAGUUAAGGGCCAGAAAGGAGGGAGAAUUAUGCUCCUACCAGCAACUGAAGGUUCAAUCAACCACCUCAAAAGGAAGAGAUACUUUUUAAUAUUUCUUCUUUGCACUCUACAACAUUUUAUAUGUGAAAGUUGCUGCUAAAAUUAAGGAAAUGUUUUGGACGUAAAUAUGACAGUAAUAAAAGCUAUGAUCCUUGGCUGGGGAGAUAUCUCAGUGGUACAGUGCUUGCCUUGCAUGUUCAAGGCCCUGGUUUAAUCCCCAAUAUCAAUAAUAAUAACAAUAAUUAUAAUAAUACCCCUGUACUUAAUGAAGCACUAUUAUAAAACUGCUUUAUUAUGUGCAACUUUUUCUUUCUGACACUGAAAAUCAGACAAAGAAUAUUAUUCCCAUCUUACAGAUCAGGAAUAUGCGGAUGACAAGAAUAGUAAAUGGCUGGGACUUAGAGAGUCACCAAGCAACUCAAACAAUCUGAGAAUAAAAUAUUUAAAUAUUUAGUAUCUGCAGAGAAUCUUAUAAUUUGAAGAACAUGUUUCUCAAGUAUUUUGUUUCCAUUAUUUAUUAAACUAGCUAUUUUCUCAUGCCUAAGAAAAGAUUCCUAAAUUCCUAGGACUUACAUAUUAGGGCUUGGAUUUACUGUUUCUUUGGUUUUUUUUUCUUCCUUAAAAAAAAACAAAAACAACUUUAUAAAGAAUAUCCCUGGGGGCUGGGGAUGUGGCUUAAGCAGUAAGGUCACCUGGCAUGCGCGGGGCACUGGGUUUAAUCCUCAGCACCACCGAAAAAACAAAAAACAAAAAAAAAAUACCCCGGUACUACUAAAAUCGGGAAUCUUCUAAAUAAUUUUUCGAAUACUACUUAAAAAAAGAGGGUCAGCACCUCACAAUCAAUGUUUAAUGUAUUUCUUAAAAUUUAUUGAAGUGCACGUUUCUUGAAGGAUAUGGUGCAAGGUAAGCAAUUCUAGUUCCCAGCCCCUCAUAAUAUAAAUGCUAAAUUGUUGGCCUAUCUAAAAGGAAACACUUUUUUUUUUAAAUUUGAAUUUGUCUUGUUUUUUGUUUCUCUUUGUUUUCAGGCACAUAAAAUUUGUGGUUCAAAAGAUAUAUAUUCCUUUGCCAGAAGGUUAAGAAAAAUAAUGAGAUGUAUUUGUAAAGUUUCUAAUAACCUUUAUAUAGAUUAUUUUAGCAACCCCUAUAUAAAUAUAGAGUGAAUAUUUUGACUAUUCCAUCAGUACAAAAAUCCAGGCCAAAAUUUGAAUAUUAAGAACAAACAAAAAAAAUCUUAUGAUUUUGGUGAGUUUGGUAACUGCCUAUCCUCACCAAUGCCUAUCUGUGCUAGGAUAAAAUGGAUAAUGAUAUAGAAUUUCACAAAAACAGCUCUUUUUAAAAAAAGAUUAAAUAUUUUUAUUGCAAUGUAUGGUUAUAUAUUUUUUUUUAGCCUUUGUAAGAUAACAUUGUGAUAGGUGCUUGAAGAGGAUAUUUUUCCAGAACUGGUUUUAUAGUAAAAACUAAGGGCAGCUUUUGCAUUGUGAAAUAUGGGUAGAUGGCCAUAUAUGGGUUACUGAGAAAUCAAGAUGUGUUCCCUAAAAAGAAACUUAUAAAAUUACUUGGCAGAGAGAUAACCAUGUUUUCUGUUUCGUUCACAUUUUCUCAUGCUAUAUGGUCACCUACCAAGUAAAUUCACAUGCAUAUCAUUACCUUGGCUUAAAGGAGAAGCAGAAUGCUCAUUCUUGGCAGGAACAAAAUGCUCAAAGGUUCUUUACCAUGGUGAAAUAGAGUAGUACUGAAUUCCCAAGAGAGAAUUAUCAGUUUUAUAAGUUAAUAUUUCUUGUCUCUACCUGACUUCUCUCUUUGGAAUAUAUUUACUAUUUAUUUUUUUACCUUUGAUUUUUUUGCUUUGGGGUAUUUUUUUUUUAUCUAUUGCCGUCCUACUGUAUUAAAUAUCCCUUAUAUUGAAAUGUUUGUAAAGAAAUACUCUUUAAAACUUCACAAAAUAUCUGUUUUAGUUCUUAACAUAUGAGGGAAACAGUUAAAGAAAAAGCACUUCACCAUGUAGAAGGGAAAGAGAUAAUUCUGUAAUUAUGAUACUUUUAUUACAUGAUCAACAUUUAGGCCUCUGCAGACAAGGGAACACUUACUAGCAGUACUUGAAGACGUAAGUUGGAAUUGCAUGUUACUUGAAAGAUCUAAUUAAGCUAAAUUUUGGUGCACAGCAGUUGUACAUGAUUUCAUGUUUAUGUAGCAAAAUGCAUUGAAAUGUACUAGUAUUGAAAUAUACAUGUAAAGGUAGUUGUGGAAAUUGUCUAUUAUAUUUUCCUGUGUGUUUAAUUUGUUAGAGCAUAAACUUUCUUUUUUUAAUUGUUCUAACUAAAUAAGGCUAAAUGAAUAAUGUAAUUGAAAAUAUAUUUUAAAUCUUUGUGAUGAGUUUUUAAAAAAAAACUAUUACAAAAUUGUAUCAUUCCUGAUUACACAGAACUUUGUUGGUGGUUUUAAAUAAAUUUUAUACUUCUAUUUUGCA